GCGGGAUUGGGAAGGGGAGGAGUUUGUCGUUGAGCUUGGAUACGCUGGGCCCCAAGAAGAAGCGGCAUGCGAGUGUGAGAAGCGCGGAAAUCCCCGACUCGGUACAUCGUGUCUCCUCGACGAAAUCAACCACCCUCCUCUCCGACCUCGCCAACAUCGUCUCCACACAGGGGUUCGACCUUAUCCAGAUCUACGAGAACUUCAACCGUCUGCCUCCCCCGCCGUCCCAGGGGGCCCGCCGUCCCACCACCGCCGCGUCCACAUCCGACCUCAACGCGCGGAAAAACCAAACCAACAUCGCGUUGACGGUGUUCAGAGGCAUCAUGGAGUCGAUACGGAAGCUGAUGGAGAUUGCGAAUUGUCUGGUCCCUGUGGGUGGCCUGAGGGCCGCGGCUGUCAAGUUGACUGCGAAGGAGCGCGAGGCGGAACGCGAGAUUGCGGGCGCUGAGGAGGGCGGGUGGAAGGGGGUGAGGGAGCUGAGGGAGGCGAUCUUGCAGACCGUGCAUGAGGCCGAUAAGGUUGUUAGUAGUUAUGUGGAGGCUCAGGGGAAGCUGAUAAUAAAAACGGCAGAUGGUUUCCGCCUCGAAGCCAUCGGGCCCGACAAUGGGCUGCGGAGCACCACCGGAACCAUUGCCGACACGACUACGGCGGAGGGAGACCCCUCGUACGGAAGUUAUAAAUUGGAGUAUGUGGAUGAGGAUGCAGGGUACUAUCGGCGGCAUUUUCUUGGGAAUGAACAUCGAAACUACAUAGGCGAUAUGCCCAAACUCGGCCCCGUCAUCAUUUCGUUGAUGUACAAGCCCGGGUCUCAGAAAGCCGACGUGCCGUAUUCACAGAGCCCGCCCGCCGUCGUCGGGGGUAGCAUGGGUGGCGGCCAGGGCGGGGAGAAAGACCAGGGUGCAGAGUUCUGGGCUAUCAUGCGGACCAAAGACGCCCAACCCCUCCGCGCAGUCAUCGACGCCGCGCGGGUAACCGCCUCCUCCGUGCUCCGUCAGAACCCGAAACAUGAUGUGAAGGCGGCGCUGCAGAUGCUGCAUAGGGAUAUACAGCCGGGGAAGUUGAGGAAGGUUGCGGGCGAGGGGUUUGAGAGGCGGUUGGUUGCGCUGGAUGAGUUGUUGACGGUUACGAGGUAUAAGUUUGGCGUGCUGUAUUGUAAGGCGGGACAGACGACUGAGGAGGAGUUUUUCGGGAAUGAAACAGGCUCCCCCGCCUUCGACCGCUUCCUCACACGCAUCGGCGACAAAAUCGAUCUCUCCACAUGGACGGGCUACUCCGCGGGUCUGGACACCAAGCACGGCCAGACGGGCAAAUGGUCGCUGUACACCAAAUGGAGACACUUUGAGGUCAUGUACCACGUGUCGACGUUCCUGCCGUAUAAGAAGGAGGAUCGCCAGCAGAUUCAGCGGAAGAGGCAUAUUGGGAAUGAUAUCGUAGCAAUCAUAUUCAUAGACGGCGACACGCCCUUCGACCCCAAAUCCAUCAAAUCGCAGUUCCUGCACAUCUUCAUCGCCGUGCAGGAAGACCGGCACACACGCCCCGGCAAGAUCGGCUACCGCGUCGUGCUCGCCUCCAACGUCGACGUCCCGCCCUACGGCCCGCCGUUGCCCACCCCGCCCGUGUUUUGGGAUGAGGCGGAGAUGAGGGAUUUUCUGUUGGGGAAGAGUGAGUUCAACGGGGUAGUCACAGUGGUGCCAGGUGACCGUGAAGGGGGCGGGGGUAACUCAACAGCGCCUUUUUUUGUUAAUGAUAGUGAUAAACGGCGAAAACGCCUCGUACAAAGCGCCCAAAUUCCAAAAACCGCACCACCGCACCCGCAACGCGAUGAUGGACGAGAUCCUGCGCGACUACGCCACGGCCUCCUCGUCCAGCGCCACCGCGUCCAAAUCCAGCAAACGCGGGACCGUGAACGCGAACGACGACCGGAGCAGCGCCGCGGCGAGUCCCGUCGUGCAUCGUCCGUCCACGGGCUUGAUGUCCGAGCCGCCGACGCCGUCGGGCGAGAACCCGGCGGAGCUGCCGGGGGAACAACCGCCGCCGCGCAGGGGGAGCGUGUUUACGUCCCUGGGAGGCGUGCUGGCGAGACGCGCGAGCGUGCCGGAUCAUACCACCGACGGCGCUGGGAGUACCCACAAGCGGGCGGAGGCGGACCCUGCGGAGACCGGGAGGGGGAAGAGCGGUGGGAGUAAUGUGACUCCGGGAGAGGAGAUGGAGAAGGAGAAGGAGAAGGACGCAAAGAAGAAGAAAGGGAAGAAGUUGGGACGGAGUAAGAGUACGAGGGAGAGUCUGGAUGUGGCGACGAGACGCUCAACGACGGCCCUUAAUUCUUCCGCGGAAAGUCUGGCGGAUAACGAAGGAGGCAAAAAAUCACGCACAGCCUCCUCAUCCCUCCUCGCGGCCUUCAGCGGCCUCAAACGGCGCGCCACGGAAGAGAAAAAGAUCAAAUCCCGCGAAGACGUCUCGAAGGAGAAGGGGAGGAGUCGCGAGGGGUUGGG